AUGGAUUCCAAUACCCAACAGAACCAACCCAAUUCUGGGUUGCUUCGUUUUCGUUCUGCACCAAGUUCACUCAUUUCAAAUCUCACACCUUCUUCUGUUGAUGAUAACCAAGGUACUAAAGAUUUUUGGGAUGAUUCUGAAUCAGAGAGAUUGGUUUCAAGGUUUGUGAGUAACGAUAAUAUUAAUAUGUCUGGUUCUUCUUGUUCUAAGGAGAUGAGUGGAAUGAAUUCUGGUUAUGGCGGCGGCGGCGGCGGUGGUGGUGGUGGGUUGCCACCUCACUAUCCUAGACACGGUUCUGCUGCAACUUCAAAUUCUGCUAUGGAUCGUUCAUUUGGAUUGGUUGGUUCAUUGGGAAUGAAUCAUGAAACAUCUCAUAAGAGCUUUGGUUCAAAUCUUCUUAGGCAGGGUAGUUCACCUGCUGGUCUUUUCUCCAACAUUUCAUUUCAAAAUGGGUUUGCUGCCAUGAAGGGUACGGGAAACUAUGCUGCAAUGAAUGGAAGUAAUGGCAAUGUUAGUCCGUCUAUUAACCGAUUGACCUGUCAAGUUAGCUUUCCUUCAAGAAACGCAUCUUCCUUGGGAGUGUUAUCACAAAUCUCUGAAAUAGAUAGCGAGGAUAUUGAAGCAACUAGCCCUGGCGAUGGAGGCAGCAAUGGUGAUACUGCGCAUUAUGGUUCUGGAUUUCCCUAUAGUUCUUGGAAUGAUACUCAAUCAUUCUCAGAAAAUCUCAGUGGCUUGAAACGAGGGCGAAUCGGUAGCGAAAAAAUGUUUUCUGAUUUUCAGAGUGGAGGACUAGAAAAUCAAGUUCAUACAUUAUCACAUCACUUGAGUUUACCGAAGACUUCAUCUGAGAUGAUUGCAAUGGAGAAGUUGUUUCAGUUUCCGGAUUCCGUUCCUUGUAAAAUCAGAGCAAAACGAGGUUGCGCUACUCAUCCUCGAAGCAUUGCCGAAAGGAUGAGAAGAACUAGGAUCAGUGAAAGAAUGAGGAAAUUACAAGAGCUUGUUCCAAACAUGGACAAGCAAACUAACACAUCAGACAUGUUGGACUUGGCUGUUGAUUACAUUAAAGAACUACAAAAACAAUUCAAGUCUCUAAGUGAAAAACAAUCAAACUGCAAAUGUAUGAGGAUGCAGCAGGCCGAUACAAAUCAAAUUCCUUGA